AUGAGUUCGUCAUCAUGGACGGAUAGGCAGAACAGGCUGUUUGAGAAGGCACUAGCCAAGUAUGAUAAAGACAAGCCGGACUACUGGCAAAACGUGGUUCAGGCAGUGGGCGACGGAAAGACGAUCGAUGACAUGAAGAGGCAGUUCAAGGAGCUGGUUCGAGACGUGGACCACAUUGAAUCCACAGGCGGUCAGAAUUCACAGUAUGACGGCGGCAGCAGCAGUGGAAGCGGCAUUGAGCAGAGGCGCAACCUCCAGUGA